CACUAUUAAUUGGUAUUCAUGUAGUCACACGUAUAAAACAAACUGUACACCACAUAUUCAAUAGGUAUAUAAACCUAAAUCUUAUAUAGGUAAUAACGCGGUUAUAGGUUCAAUGGGAUAAUAUACCAUUUCAUAUAUAAUAUAAGUACAAUGUAUACUGAAUAAGAUUAACGACCGUGUAAUCCAAUAAGACAAAGGAUUAAAUGAAGUAGAUUAUUAUAUAGUGAUUUUUUUUAUGCUAUGAGUUACCGAGAUAAAGUACUUCAUUAGAAACAGAACCACAUAGAAACAAACACACUAUUUGUAGGACAGUUGUUAAAGCAUUUGGAAAACAAAAACACACAAUGGAUUUACCACCUAUGGCCAAACGAUUGGUAAAAACUGCUCUUCACCAGGCUGUGCUGGAUUGUCGUCUGCACCAAGUCAGACUUUUGGUCUCAAAACAUAAUGUCAACAUCGAUUCCAGGGAUCUUAAUGGUAGAACGGCACUUAUGUUGACCUGUUUCAUCGAAAAUGAAGACCUUGGUUACAAAAUGGCGAAAAUAUUUUUAGAGGCUGGAGCUUUUAUGAACAUCAAAGACAAUUUAGGACGAACAGCAUUAGGGUAUGCUUGUAUGAAUGGGAAGGAGAAGAUCGUAGCUAAGAUAUUAUCCGAGGAUAUUUUGGAUAUAAACGAACCGGACAAUGAUGGCAAUACACCGUUACAUCACUCUUGUCUCUGCGGUAAUCCCCGGAUUGUGGAAAUGUUAGCAGACACUUAUCUCAAAUACGGACUGAACAUUGACCGAAGAAACACUUUAGGUUAUACAGCUUUGUUGAUAUGCUGUAAGAACGGCCAUUAUGCAUCGGCUUAUGUUCUCUUGACCAAAGGCAAAGCUUCGCCAACGCUCAAAGACAAUGAAUAUUACUUAAAUGCUGGAGAUUGGACGAAGAAGAGCUACGAAAUCAAGACUGUUGGAUCUAGAGCUCUAACGGGGCAAACUUAUGGUAACCGCGCUGCUCAACAAUUUGCUAUAUCGUUCGCUCGACAGAGUAGGAUGUACCACCAAUCUUGGAUACCUCUCUGUCAACAUGGUACCCACACAGUGUCUCAGUCCCUCGAUAGUACUAUGAGAUUACCAACUGUCUGUAGGCAAAACGUAAUUGAGAAGAAUUUAGAUGAGAACUUGAUAGAUGGGCACGAUGCCAGGAGGAUGUUACUUAGUGAAAUUAACGAAUCAGAAUCGAGACGUCCAAAAUCGGAUAAACCAGGAUCAGUCAGAUGGGCAAUGGGCGCCCCCUCUACUGCGAAAUUACGGAGUCUUGCGGUAAGCAAUCCAAAUGCCCAUAUACCCGACAUGUUAACAAUCUUUAAGGCCUACUCGGAACAAUAUCAGCCAGAUUGGCGCCAAUUAACUCCUCGUGAUCAAAAGCCUGUUACAACAGAAGCGGAAAUGACAUCAAGUAAAGUACAAUGUGUGGAACCGGUAGUGAACAAUGAGUGCAUUUUACCUCCUAUUGGAGAGUUGGUGGCCAUGUAACAGACAACAAUAUUAUGAAUAAAAAUAAACCAUUUACUUGUUAUAUUGUGAGAACAAUAACAAAAUGCUAAACAAAACCACACGCUGUUACAAUAACAUUUACAAUAGUUUUAAAACAUGGCUUAUUUGUCAAUACACAUUUUUAUUAAUGGACGGAACAAUGGCGGAAUGUUGACGAUGGCGACUUGAAACUAAUGUAGACAAUGACUCCUCUAUUUAUAAAUAACAAAAAAAAUUCUCCUCACUAAUUGCUGUCGUGCAAAAAAUAACAUUUUGUUGUCAAGGUGUUUUUCUUAUUUUCGUUAUUCACAAUUUACCUUUGUGGAAUUAAAAUCACCCCUUAUUACUUCCUAUCUAUGCUCUAUUUUGGGAUAAGUGUUAACAUUUGAGUGAUUAAACAACUUUAAAAAGAUAAAUGCAGCAAAAGAAACUUUUGUGACAGGAACAUGAUUUGCAGAGGCCUAACAGACUAAAAAUUUAUUUUAUGAUUUUUCUUCGUUUUGUAUGUAUUUGUAUUUGUGAUUUUAAUUUAUUGGAAUGAUGAGAUAUAAAGUAUAAAAAUAUGAACGAGUGUUGGG